CAUGGUUAUGCGGAGCGAGACCUUCCAGGUUGCUGGCUGGCGACGUGGGGCGUGGUGGGAUCGAGCCUCUGGCGUUGGCGUCUGAACGAGAGGUGCAGGUGAAGAAAAGAGCGGGGAGCUGCUGCGCACGCGCGAGAGAGCCGCGGUGUGGGGAAAGGUCUGCUUGCAAAAUGCUGCGGCGGAAACCGACGCGGCUUGAAUUGAAGCUGGACGACAUCGAGGAGUUCGACGGCGCCCGCAAGGAACUCGAGGUGGGUGAGUGGGUGGUUGGCUGCGGGACGGCAAGGCGCUCCUUGCCCACCUUUCUUCGGUGGUGUUGUUGUUGUUUGCGCACUCUGCACAUGCACCUUGCUUUCUCUUUUCUUUUUAAAAAACCUGUUUCUCCUCACAAGGGGAGUAGCCAUCCUGUUUGUUAUUGAGCUGCCCGGCCCGGUCUUCUCUCUCCCACUCAGGAGGGUACCGAGUAUAGUAAACAGGCGGUGAGGUAGAGCCACCCGCUGGAGUUGGGCGCAGUCUCCCCCCCCCCCCCGUUCUUACUUGGGUGGAACAUGCACAAACAAGCUUAUAAAAUUAUGCACAGUAUGGAGAAAGAACACUGGCUCCUCAGGGCUGCCAUUUGCUUGUUUUAAUAAAAGGUUGUUGGCUGGGGAAAGGUCGCAGCUCAGUGUCAAAGUGUUCUUUGCAUUGAGAAGGUCCCAGGUUCAAUUGUGAGUAUCCCCAAGUAAGUCUGGAAGAGGCUUCCUGCCUGAAACCGUGGAGAAGUGCUGCCAAACAGGGUGGACAAUACUGAGCUAAGUGGAUCCAAUGGUCUGACUCUGUAAAAGGCAGCUUCCUGUGUUUUGUUCGAUGACCAUAAGCUCAGCUGUAAAGCAUUUCCUUUGCAUGCAGAAGCUCCCAAGUUCAGUCUCCCAGGUAGGGCUGGGAGACUCCCUGCCUGAAAUCCUGCAAUAUUGUUGUUAGAGUAGACAAUACUGAACAAGAUGAAACAAUGGUCCAAUUUGGUAUAAAAUGGCUACUUGUAUUCCUGUGCAAGAAGGUGUGUUUGUGCGUACACAGUAGCAGAUCUAAAUGCCAAAUUAUGCUUGAGGUUGCCUCCAUGUUAGCCCCCUGCACUCACGAGUAAAGGUGUUUGGCCCCUUUCUGUGGCAGAACCUUUUGACAGCUUGCAAUGUCUUAAAUCUGAAAGCAAAGAAUCGGAUUCAUUACAGCUAUAUUUGAAAAAGAAAACAUGUCAUGGGCGGAGGAGGCACAUAUGUGAUUGUCCUGGAGAAGGUUUCUUUAAUUAUGCUUCCCAUUUGUUUCCACAGAGUCGUAGGAAGCGCGAGGAGGUGGACAUGGUGGGAGCCAGCGAUGCUGAGUGUGCACUGGGACUCAGCACUGAUCAUAAGAGCCGGGAGCAGAUGAUACAUGACCGGAUUGGCUACAAACCCCAGCCCAAACCAAACAACCGUUCAUCUCAGUUUGGGAACUUUGAGUUCUAGAGCCCAAAGGGUGGACAGUGGCAGUGCCUGGUACCUGUGAGCUUUGGAAGAAAGCAGGAAUUUGUUUCAAGAGCCCAACAAACUCUGUUUAGAAAUAGCAGAAGAGACUGAGCUUCUCUCCUCUAGGUUUUAAAUGGAGUUCCUCCUCCAAGCAGAGCAAGUCUUGCUUUCCCUACAAAG